UUUUUCUUUUCUUUUUUAAGUUGUUGUCAUUAAUGUUUUGCUUCUUCUUCCUCAUAAAAGCUCGUGCCAUUUUUUGCAAACUGUUUCUUUUUUAUUUUUUGCUGUUUUUCUUACCCUCGUCGCAAAAUCAGGAGAUUAGAAUCCAAAAAGAGUUAUAUUAUGGGAUUCUUUUACACUGGUUAAUUAUUUAUUUAUUAUUUUGGUCAGUUCUUCUGGUUUCCGGGUCAGAAAAAACAGUAACAACCAGCAACCACCGCUGUAGCAGGAGCAGCAACAGCGUAGAAACCUGAAUUAAAACUCGUGAUUGGUGAGCACUGGUCAACAUCAAACACCAACAGCAAACCACCAGUAAGUUGAAGAAGAAGAAAAUGGGCCACCGCAGGCCAAUUUAUUAAACAAUCGAGUUGUUUUACAUAAUAAAAAACGAAGCCAUGGGAAGAACUCUGCUACAACUUCUACUUCAAAUACCUCCAAUUUUAUUACUAUUCUUGAUUCACUACACGCUAGCCCAGCAAGCUUUCUUGAACUCCACUAUCGAACGCUCUGCAUUACUCGAUCUCCGCUCGUCUUUAGGUCUAAGAGGCACGGACUGGCCCAUUAAAUCCGACCCCUGUAGAACCUGGAACGGGGUUCACUGCAAGAACGGCCGUGUCACCGGAAUUAGCGUAUCUGGGUUUAAACGGACCCGCAUUGGCCGUUUGAAUCCCAGUUUUCGAGUUGAUUCGCUCGUUAAUUUGACUUUCCUGGAGUUUUUUAAUGCUUCCCGGUUUUCACUUCCCGGUGCAAUUCCAUCUUGGUUAGGUUACCGGCUUGGUUCUCUUCAAGUUCUCGAUCUCCGGUUUAGUUCAGUGAGUGGUUCAAUUCCUGAGUCAAUUGGUAGUUUAACUGCUCUCAAUGCUUUGUAUCUCUCUAAUAAUAGACUUGUUGGUAGUAUACCUUCUGCAUUGGGGCAGCUGGAGAAAUUGUCAGUUCUUGAUCUUUCAAGAAAUUCACUUACUGGUCAAAUACCUAGCGCUUUUGGGUUGCUUAAAAAUCUGUCAAGACUCCACGUUUCUUCUAAUUACUUAUCCGGGCCAAUUCCAUCUAGUUUGGGUAGCAUUUCUACAUUGCAGUUCUUGGAUUUAUCUGAUAACAGUCUUGCAGCUUCAAUUCCUGUCGAAUUGGGUAAUCUUUCUCAAUUGGUUGAGCUUAAUUUUACCAGAAAUUCACUGUCUGGGUCAUUGCCGGUUGAGUUUGCAGGAUUGAAGAGUUUGCAAAGAUUGGAAAUUGGGGAUAACGGAAUAGAAGGUGGUUUACCUGAAGGUUUGUUUUCUAGUCUUGAUAAAUUGGAAGUUGUGGAUUUAAGUAGGAAUAAAAUAGACAGUGCUGUUCCUGGUGCAUUGUUAUUAUUGCCAAAUUUGCUGGUUCUUAAUUUGUCUGAUAACAACUUUACUGGUACUCUGCCGAAUGUUAGUUCAAAUGGAAAUUCCAAUGGUGCUUUGUUUGAUAUUUCAAAUAAUCUGUUGUAUGGAAAUUUGGUUGCUCCAUUUAGGCAUUUUAGUUUCAUUGAUCUGUCUGGUAAUUAUAUCCAAGGGAAGAUUCCAGAUGGUGGUCAAAACAACAUUAGCCUUGACAGGAACUGCCUUCAGGCUGUGUCGAAUCAGAAGAGUUUGGAGGAUUGUAAAUUGUUUUAUGAUGCUAGAGGCUUAAGUUUCGAUAAUGUUGGCGCUGCAGAGCCGAUACAACCACCAUUGCCUGAACCUGCUCCAAAGAAAAGGAAACGAUGGAUAUACAUUUUGACGGGAUUGGUGGUUGGAGUUGCCUUCAUAGUGCUUUUGGUAGUGGUGAUGGUGAUUUUACUUAGGAAGUGUGAUAAAAGAACUAACAAUCAAAGAGGCAGUGCUAAUGUGGGGCCUGUUCCAGAAGGAGAUAGUCUGUCAGUUCCCAAGGAUCCUACUAUAAUAUCUAGUAUGAGAGAUUCAUUUACUUAUGAUCAGUUGCUUUCUUCAACUGGUGCAUUUAGUGAAACAAAUCUUAUUAGGCAUGGUCAUUCAGGAGAUCUCUUUCGGGGUUUUCUAGAUGGAGGAUUCCCCAUAGUUGUCAAGAAAGUGAAUAUCUGUUCAAAAAAUGAAUCAUACACGAUAGAAUUGGAAUUGUUCAGUAAAUAUUCACAUACAAGAUUGGUUCCGUUCUUGGGGCAUUGUUCAGAGAAUGAGAACGAGAAGCUUCUGGUCUACAAAUAUAUGCUCAAUGGAGACUUGGCUAGUUCCUUGUAUAGAUUACGAGAUUCGGUGGAUGACAGUUUGCAGUCUUUAGAUUGGAUUACAAGACUCAAAAUUGCUAUAGGAACUGCUGAAGGCCUUUCAUAUCUACAUCAUGAGUGCCACCCUCCCGUUGUUCAUAGAGAUAUUCAAGCAAGCAGUAUCCUUCUUGACGACAAAUUUGAGGUGCGAAUUGGAAGCCUGAGUGAGGCCCGUGUCCAGGAAGGAGAAUCUCACCACAGUAAGAUCACAAGGUUUUUGCGGAAGCCACAAUCCUCCGAACCAGGCCCUUCCGGUUCAUCUUCGACGAGUUGUGCUUAUGAUGUAUAUUGCUUCGGAAAGGUGUUACUUGAACUCAUAACAGGCAAACUUGGCAUCAGUAAAUCAGAUGACGCCUCUACAAAGGAAUGGUUGGAUCAUACAUUAGGAUACAUCAGUAUAUAUGACAAAGAAUUGGUGACAAAGAUUGUUGACUCAUCUCUAAUGAUAGAUGAAGAUUUGCUGGAAGAAGUAUGGGCCAUGGCCAUUGUGGCCAGAUCAUGCCUUAACCCGAAGCCGUCAAAACGCCCUCCAAUGAAAUACAUACUGAAGGCCUUAGAAAAUCCUUUGAAAGUUGUGAGAGAGGAAAGUUACAGUUCAGGGAGGCUACGAGCAACUUCUUCUCGGAGAUCAUGGAGUACGGCUUUCUUCGGUAGUUGGCGACACAGUUCAUUGGAUCACGCUGCCAUCAUCACUAACCGAGAAGGUUUAAGUGGCUUGAAGCAAGCAGGAAGAGUAGGAUCUUAUGGAAGUAGUGGAAUUGGACAUUCAUCAUCGAAUAAAAAAUUAUCCAAUGACAUUUUUCCUGAGGCGUUGGAGAUGCAAGAUAUGGAUCAACAAGAUGAGCAUUAGCUUGCAUUGGUCGAGUUCUAACGAAUUAUUUUCCAUAACCUUUAAUCAGUGAGACUGCUUGAUGAAGGUUGUUUCUGGUGGAUCACAUGUUUUGGAAGCAUAUACUUAAAAGUGGUUAUUGAAGGGGGUCCUGGCAAAUAGACAGAACAAAGAAGUUCUAUUUUUUGAGAUUUCUUUUCCAGGUUUUCAAAGCUUGUUAGUUUCUCAACAAGCUGCAAUUAAUCGCUGCAAUCAGAUUGUCUGCAUAGUGUGAAAUAUCUAGCUCUACCAGAGAUGAGAGUUUCUCGUUUGGGCUGUUCUGUCGCACCUGCCAAAUGCGAACAUUUUCUGCGUUCAGAAUCCAAAUUCUGUAUACAACUGUAGAGAUGUGUUUUUCCUUUUUGAAUUACCUAAUUUUUUUAUUUGAAAUUACAAAAAGCGUAAGAAGAAUAGAAACACAGUCAUAAGCUUUAUGCUGCA